AGACCAGUCAAAAGAAAGAGAGAAGACAGAGAAAACCCAAGAACUGUCGCCGCGAGAUGGAGCCCUUGUCGGGCGCCGCCGCCGCCGCCGCCGCGGCUGCUGGUGGCGGUGGUGCAUCAAGGCCACCGAGCUUCGCCUCGCAGACCAAUGCCCUCCUGCGCAAGAAUCUCAUCUUCCAGAAGCGCAACAGGAAGGCAACCAUUCGGCUAAUCAUAGUUCCGAUAUACCUCUGUGUAUUACUCAGUGUCCUGCAACGAGUCAUCAACAAUUUAUUGGAUAAACCGAAAUACAAGUGUGGAUGCAUGUGUGUUGAUGUGAAUGGCACAGGUCCUUGCCAAAAUGUGUGUGGCAUUCAGUACUCUACAUUGGACCAGGCUGGCAGUUGCCCUAUACCAAAUCCUCCUGAGUGGCCUGCUCUCUUGCAAGUACCCCACCUCGAGUAUCGUGCCACCCAGGAUUCCUCUGAAUCAUGCAGAAAGUCACAAUCCUGCCCGGCCGCCAUACCGUUCACGGGGGCAAAUGAAACUCUAUCUACUACUGUCAUGCAGAACAUGUUCACAGACUCGCCACUUUCAAAUCUUUCUGAUAAUGCGAGCAUAUCUGGUAUUCUCCUGGGGACAGAUAUGCCAGGUACUUCUACGGGCUUCAUCGAACCUGCUUUUAUUUCGGAUGUACCCAUUUAUGUUCUUCAGUCGGAAUGCAAGUCCAGGAAUUCAGUUACACUCCGCACUACCAUUGAUGCUAUUAAUGUUCAGAAAGAGAUAAAAUGUGUUCAAGGUCUACCUUUGUGGCGGAAUAGUUCAAGAACAAUCAAUGAGGAGACCUUUAAGGGUUACCGGAAAGAAAAAAUAGGGAAAGGAAUUAGUGAAGUUGCAAUGGCUUAUGAUUUCCAAGACUCAAACGAGAAGCGUUUCAAUGUGCUUGCAUUGUAUAACUCGACUUAUCAGAAUAUCUCUUAUGUUCCAAUGCCAUUCGGACUUCUGCGUGUUUCACGUUCACUGAAUGCGGUCUCAAAUGCCUAUCUCCAAUUCCUACAAGGUCAAGGUUCAGGCAUAAAAAUGUUGCUUGAGUUUACAAAAGAAAUGCCAAAGCAAGCGACUCGUCUGACGAUUGAUUUUUCUUCUCUUAUUGGUCCUCUCUUUUUCGAAUGGGUUGUUGCGUUGCUUUUCCCGGUUAUGUUGACAUACCUUGUAUAUGAGAAGCAACAUAAGCUCCGAACAAUGAUGAAAAUGCACGGGCUUGGAAAUGGCCCUUACUGGAUUAUCUACUACGCAUACUUCCUUAUCUUGUCUACGGUGUAUCUUGUGCUAUUUGUCAUUUUUGGAGCCCUUAUAGGUCUAAAUUUUUUCAAGACGAAUGACUAUGGUAUCCAGUUUGUUUUCUUCUUCAGUUUCAUUAACUUGCAGAUUGUAUUAUCUUUCCUAGCUGCAACAUUCUUUUCGAAGGUUAAUACUGCUCAAGCAAUUGCAUAUCUGUACAUAUUUGGAUCAGGGUUAAUGGCAGGAUCUCUUAUUCGGAAUUUUCUUGAAGGUGGAAAAUUUCCAAGACACUGGAUUACAGUUCUGGAGAUAAUACCUGCAUUUUCUUUAUAUAGAGGAUUAUAUGAGCUUAGCCAAUAUGCUAUUAGGGCUUCAGAAACGGGAAAUCCUGGCAUGCGAUGGAGUGAUCUAAAUGACCAUACAAAUGGAAUGAGGGAUUUGAUGAUCAUUAUUAUUGUUGAGUGGUUGGUUUUGCUUCCUGUUGCAUAUUAUUUUGACUAUGCUGCUUCAGUUGGAAACAGCUCUGGCCUCCUUUCCAUCAUCAAAUGUCUCCUAAGAAAGAACACCACUUGGAGAAGGAUAGCUGUUAACGAAGUUGCCGACAAUGAUGUUCAUGUGGAAAUGGAGAAGUUAGACAUUAUUAAAGAGAGGGAGACUGUUGAUCAAGUACUACAGCAGCGGAACAGUGGCUACGCUGUUGUCUGUGACGAUCUCAAGAAAGUAUAUCAUGGAAAGGAUGGUAACCCUGAUAAGUAUGCUGUUCGAGGUCUAUCACUUGCUUUGCCGUACGGAGAGUGUUUGGGCAUUCUUGGUCCUAAUGGAGCUGGCAAGAGCUCUUUUAUUAGCAUGAUGAUUGGGUUUUCAAAGCCAACAUCAGGGAAUGCAUUUGUACAGGAUUUCAGCAUACAUACUGACAUGGAAAACAUAUACAACAGCAUGGGGGUUUGUCCACAGAUUGAUAUGCUAUGGGAGAUGCUGACUGGCAGAGAACAUCUCCAGUUUUAUGGUCGACUGAAGAGCCUCACUGGCUCUGCUUUGGACCUUGCUGUUGAAGAAUCUUUAAGAAGUGUAAAUUUACUUCUUGGUGGUGCUGCUGACAAGCAAGUCAGGAAGUACAGUGGUGGCAUGAAGAGGCGUCUUAGCGUGGCCAUCUCGCUGAUUGGAGAUGCUAAAGUAGUGUACAUGGACGAGCCCAGCACUGGACUGGAUCCAGCUUCCAGGAAGAGUCUCUGGACUGCUGUGAAGCAAGCAAAGCAAGAUAGAGCAAUCAUUCUUACGACCCAUUCCAUGGAAGAAGCCGAAGUUCUCUGCGAUCGGUUGUGUAUCAUGGUAGAUGGCAGGCUCCAGUGCAUAGGAAGGCCUAAAGAGCUCAUAGCUAGAUAUGGAGGUUAUUAUGUGCUGACGAUGACGACAUCCUCGGAGUUCGAACGCGAGGUUGAGAAUUUGGCGCUGAAGCUCUCACCGAGCGCGAGGAAGGUUUAUCAUUUGUCCGGAACACAGAAAUACGAGCUGUCGAAGCAACAAGUUAGGAUUGCAGAUGUUUUCAUGGCCGUGGAGAAUCUCAAGAGGAGAGUGGAAGUGCAAGCAUGGGGCCUCGCGGACACCACCAUGGAAGAUGUGUUCGUGAAGGUCGCCACAGGGGCGCAGUCAAGCGACGAACUCUCUUAGCCCGGCGCAAAGGUCCUUUGUAGAAAUUCAUUUUUGUGGAGCCAAUGCUCUGCUCAUCCUGUAUGUUAGAAAUUCUUUUCUGUAUGUGUAUGAUGAUCAUUAUGUUGCAGAUGUGUAUAUUUAGUUUUUUUUUCGAAAAGGGUGUAUAUUUAGGUGUACGGUCAGAAAAGUGUACCUAGCUAACACUCAACACCUUAUAUUCUUAAUGUAAUACUACUACGUGAUUUUUUUUCCUUUUAUUUGAAGAUCAUUG